CUCCAGCACCUGCAGCGGCGGCUGUCGGAGGCGGAGGGCGAAUUCCGGCAGCGGGAGCAGGCCCUGGCCCGCAGCUUGGAGGAGGCUCGGGGGCAGGAGAAGAAGCUUCUGGCCGAUGCCCGUAACCUGCAGCUGAAGGUGGAGGCGGCGCGGGGCGAGGCGGCGGAGCUGAGCCUGCGGCUGAGCGCGGCCGAGGGCCGGGCACAGGGCCUGGAAGCCGAGCUGGCCCGCGGGGAAGCCCUGCGCCGGGCUGCCCAGACCCGCCUGGGGGGCAUCCAGUCCGCCCUGCGCCGCACCAUGGGCAUCGGCCGCGUACGGACCGGCUCCCCCGGCAAGGGUGGGGGCCCGGAGGGGUCGGGGAGCCCCGGUUCAACCCCGGACUCGGAUGGGGGCGCGGAGCCGGAGGCGGUGCAGGCAGCGCUGCGGGAUUUCCUGCGUGAGCUGCAGGACGCGCAGCGGGAGAGGGAGGAGCUGCGGGUGCAGGUGGGCGGCCUGAGCCGGCGGCUGGCGGAGGCGGAGGAGGAGAGGGACAACGCCAGCGCCCGGGCACAGCAGCUCCAGAGGCUGGUGGCUGAGAAUGAGGAAGGGCGUCGCGGCGGGGAGCUGAGCAGCGCCCAGGCCACGCUGGUGCUGCAGGAGGAGACGCUGCGACGGGGCGAGCGGGAGCGUCGGGCGCUGCGGGAGAAGGUGACGGCGCUGGAACGCAGCCUGCGCGACGCCGAGGGAGAGCGCCGAGCCGCCCAGGAGAGGAUGAGCGCGGUACGGGCCGGCAAAGCCGAGCUGGAGGAUGCCAAGCAGCGGCUGGAGGUGGCCGAGAGCCGCAGCACCCGCUUGGAGCUGCAGCAACGGGUGCUGGAGGGUGAGCUGCAACGGGCACGGCUGGCCCUGGGCGAGCGGCAAGCGGAGGCCCAAGCCAUGCAGGAACGGGCUGAGCAGCUCCAGAAACAGCUGGCAGAGAGCGAGCAGCGCGCCGGCGCCUUGCAGCAGGCGAUGGAGCGGUUGAGCACGGCGUUGGCAGAGGGGGGCUGGAAGGAGGAUGCCCCACCGAGCACCACCCCCGCCCCGGUGGCUACCAACCCUUUGGCUGAUGGCAACCUGCUCCACGAGCGGCUGCUGCAGCUCCAGGGUGCCCUGGCCGCCGGCGAGCUGGACCGCAGGGCGCUGCAGGAGGGGCUGGAGGUGGCCCGGAGGGGGCUGGCAGAGGCCCGGGAGGAGAAGGGAGCGCUGCGGGAGCAGCUGCGGGAGCUGCGGGAGGAGCAGGAGAACCUGCAGCGCUGCAAGGAGGAGCUGGAGGCACAGGUCCGGCAGCAGCAGGAG